UUGUGUGUGCUUGUAUUGUUGUUUAUUUUUCAGUACUUACAUUGAACAUUGUAAUUUCUAAAAUCACUUAAUUCUUCUGACAAGCAGCAUACAAUAAUAAUUUAUUUUCACAAUUACAUUGUUAUUGUUAUUUAACAUUUUGUAUUUACCUUUGUCUAAAUGUGCCAGUAAAGUGUUCAAGAAUUUAUGAGGGCUGAAGAUGUGAUAAUUAAACGAAUUUGGCUUUCUGCCAUUCUCUGGUUUUAUGUUUAAGAGCAAAAUGAUUUGGUUAUCAUUUAUUGUGUGGUUUGUAGUAGUAGGAAAGUCGAUAGGAUUCUGUCCAUCAUUAUGUUCAUGCAAAGGUACCAAAUUGGGUGAUGGUGAACCUCAACCUGAAGAGCCCUUAAAGCUAAGAUGUGGAGGGAGUCCCACUCAAAUAACUGAACUGAAAGAAAUAGAUCUUAGUAAACUAUUGGCAGUUGUUGUCAGCCUAAACUUAUCAGGCAAUGCAAUAACAACACUCUCCCGAGAACUUAAUUUACCAAAGUUACAAAAAUUAGACUUAAGUAAAAAUCAAGUUAAUUUGAUAGAAUCUGAUGCAUUCUACAACAUGACAUCAAUACAAAGACUGGACUUAUCACACAAUCAAAUAAGCAAUGUCUAUAAAGAAAUGUUUAAGGGUCUUAUUAAUUUGGAAAGAUUGAAUUUAUCACAUAAUUAUAUCUCUGUGCUUAACACAGGCACAUUUGACUAUCUUGUUGGUUUGAAACAAAUUGACAUAACAGAAAAUCCAUUGAUCUGUGAUUGCAACCUUUUAUGGUUUGGUGACUGGUUAAGGAAUACAAGUGUCAGGCCAGUGGGUGGCCCCAAAUGUGCAUUUCCAGAAAAUAUGGCUGACAAACCAGUAAAAAAACUGAAAAUCUUUCUCGAUCUUUCUGCGUGCGGUAGUGUCUUACCAGCAAACAAUCUAAUUGUAAGACCAUCACAUGAUCAAGUGGUGUUCGAAGGUGAUACACUAAGUUUGACAUGUAAUGCACCAUUUGCAUCUGUUAUUGCAAAAUAUGAAUUAAACUGGGUGCAUUCUAUGCAAGAAUGCUGUGCCGACGUCAACAUAACGAGUACAGAUAUGCAAGAAGAAGGAUUAGCGGAAACAACAGUUUUCUUUCCAUGCGUUUCAAACCACCAUGCUGGGAAUUGGACUUGUUCAUACUGUGACCAGAAUCAUAUUAAGCAUAACUAUACAAUUCAGCUCAUUGUGUUAUCAAACUAUACACAAUACUGUCCUACAGAUAGUACAACAGGGAACAAAGGGCUAUAUUCUUGGCCCCAACUUUUAUUGAACCAUACAGCAUCUGUACCGUGCCAGAGUGGUGAUGGAUUAGCAUAUAGACAUUGCUAUGCAAAUGUGACGUGGGGUCAAGCUAAUACCACAGAAUGUUCAUACAUAAGUAAUAUAACCAAGUUGUUGCAGCAAUUUGCCUUAUUAAAUGUUAGUUUGGUACAAUUUUCUGCAAUAAAUGCUACUGAAAGACUGGCCAUGUUGAUUGAAGAGAAGACAUAUCCUUUAGCAGAAAUUUCAGAUGCAGAUGAUGUUAUGUUUAUUGCCGCUGCUGUUAGAAAUUAUAUGCAGUAUAUAGGAGAAGAGAAGGAUUUAGGUUCAGCAUUACUGGAAGUGAUAGAAGCGGCUAUGAAUAUAUCAACUCCAGUGAUGUCCCAAGCGGAAGUAACACAUGGUGCCUGCACUGACAUGGUGAGAGCUGCUGAAGAAAUAUCCACACAUACAGACAAUGUUCAAGGGCACAAGAAAAAGCUGGCGGUGGAGCGUUUUCCCGCUCGUGAAGGUUUUAGUGGGGUGACGUGUGUGUGGUACAGCGGGAUGACGGACAGGAGGCUUCACUGCUCCACAACUAACAGGACUGUGGCGCCAUUACUCACGGUCACAGAUGCACUUAUACACGCUAGUGUGCAGAUCCCCCAAUCACUGCUGUACAGCACGACAGACGCGGGUGUACUUUUGCAAACUCAACCCCAAGAACUAGUUGUAUCUUUCUACGAGGAUGCCUCCUUAUUCCCGCUACUUCCAAGUAUGGAUGAAGGUAACAUCAGGGGUCACAGGUCAAAGGACUAUUAUGGACGAAGUACUAAACGUGAAGACAUGAAUAUGGAAAUAACAUCUCCGGUGGUUGGAUUUCAAUUGGAUAAGGUAUCUCUCCGGGGUGAGCUUCUAGAGCCCAUAAUAAUAACUGUACGUCUAUCAUGUGGUGGCGGCGUUGAAGCUCGUGCUGCUGUAUGGGAACACGCCACAAGGCGAUGGACUGAUAAUACUACCGACUGUCGGAUAUCUCACGUUGUAUCAGAAAUGAUAAUCAUAAGUUGUAAUCGCUUAGCGUACGUUGGUUUGUUACAAAAUGUCGAAACGGGCAUAUACGGGGCUAGGACUGACGGCGCUCGCUUCAAAGUCUCUCAUCCAGCUGUAUACGUCGGGAGCCUUAUUCUCAUCGGCUGCGUCAGCUGUGCCAUUCUCACGUAUAUAAUGUGCUACGCCAGCAUACAGAUGCCCAAAAAGUCUAAACACGCGCUAAUAAACACCUGGAUUGCGAUCGGGUUGCUAUGUUUCCUGUACACUUUGGGCAUCUACCAGACGGAGGACGUCAAGCUUUGCCAGAUUCUGGGCCUUUUGAUCCAUUAUCUAUCACUAUGCUGCCUUCUUUGGAUGUGUGUGUCCGCUAGUAACAUGUACAAAUGGGUCACGAAAACCCACGGCCCGGUCAGGACUCCGGAAGACGAAAUACCGCCGGAUAUACCAGUGCAAAAGCCGAUUUUGGGCCUGUAUCUAGUCGGGUGGGGCAUAGCGCUGAUCGUAUGUGGAAUUUCUGGGGCAGUCAAUUUGAAAGAUUAUGCUGGAUAUUCUCAAUGCUUCUUGAGCACCGCUCCGGCGUUGAGCGCUCUAUUCAUACCGGGGGUGAUUUUACUCAUGAUUUUGUCCAUUCUUUUUCUCCUCAUACGAUGCACUAUAAGGAACACGAAUGUCCAGUUGUCGGAAGGCACUCAGGCCACGGAGAAUGUCGAUUUGGAAAUGUGGGAUCCGAAUCAGGCGAACGAGCCGGACAGGCGAAGUAUCAAAUCGGGCGUCGAUUCCGAGACCGAAGAUGUGGAACAUACACCCAUAAUACAGUUACGAGCUCAAGUUAUUGUGCUGUGCCUAUACAUUGCCGUAUGGACGUGUGGCGGAGUUGCUGUCUAUAGGCCUUUGCCAGCAUAUUUACCCUAUCAAGAGGACAUUUGCAGUAUCGUUUACGCUGUUUGCGCGACCAUAUUAGGAACGUUUAUACUUUUCUUCUACGGCAUAGCACGCAGUGACGUCAGAGCGCAGUGGUCGCUUAUGCAUUGCUACCUGCAGUCGAGUAAACAGUGCUGCAGGAAUAGAAGCGUCUUUGAUGCAAAUCAGAGAAAUAUAUCUGCCAAUCCCAAUAAUGCUCAGGUUACGCAAAUAUCAGGCGAUAAUAGAUCCAGAUCGGGCAGCAGAAGCUCUAACAGAACUAACUCCAAAACAAACAACAGUGGCACUUUCAAGGCUGGCGCGGAACUGAAUGGACAAACUUUACAAAAAGACGCUUCUAAAAAUAUUAACGGAAAAUCACCGAAUAUAAAUCUUGUUGUCUUACAUAGACAGCAGUACAGAUCUAACAAUUCAAUGAUGACGUAUCCUGAUAGUACCAACUUCAUCCCUGAGAUGUUUUAUAACCCGAAUCAGAUAAAUGUUGCAAAGAAGUUCUUCAAAAAGCAAAGACAACACAUGAAGAGGAAUUGCUUAGAAUUGCCCAUAAAAAGAAAUUAUGACGAAGAUUCGCACAUUUCGUUACCAUUACCAUCGAAGGACGCGUACAGCGGCCUCACUAAUAUGAUGAAAUCUGGAACCAAAGUUAAUAACACAAAUCUUCAUGUAGACAAACCUAAUGGAACCAAAGACAUACGAAAUACAAUGAAUCCUAACUUGUUGGAGCAGGAAGCAAAAGAUUUGAAAAAUUAUUCAACAGUAAACAAGCCUUGGAAUAGAAAGGACGAUCCAAAGUCUGGAAGAGAUCAGAUAAUGAAUAUUUACACGAAUGUGCCAGAAACUCAAGUGCCUCAGCAUCAAGUUGUUAAGUCUAAUGUUCAAAAACCAUUAAAUGGACAAAGAAAUAGUGUGUCAGAGGAAUGUCUCCAAAGUCACGCCAGCGAACAACCCGAGAUGCGUACAAUAUCGCAGCAAUGUAGCUUGGAAUAUAGUUCCGCAUCGGAAAUGGCUAUGCCCCACACUUGCUCCGACCAAACCAUCAACACACACUCAGAAAUGACCUCUCUCCAAGAAACUCACAGUGCCUUAUGUUCUACAAAUGAAAUAACCGACACAGAAAGCUUCGGUCAAUAUAUUGAUUAUUUGCAGCCGGCAAAGAACCAAGAUAAUAAAGAAGGCCUGGACAAAUCAUUACAAGAUAUAUCUGAAGAGUGUACUAUGAAUAGUGAUGAAAUAAAUCACUCCAGUACGCCGCAGACUUUAGACGCGAUUGGAGAAAUGGACAAUUUACUUCAAAAUCCAGACAACGAUCUCAACGGGUCCAAAGAGAAACUCGACGAUGGCGGCAAAGAAGAAUAUUUUAUGGCGAAAAACACGUAUGACUUUGAGACGUGCAGCACUAAUGCCAGUGAGCAAGGGUUUGAAAAUGAGAGUGAUAUAUACUGUCCGAACUAUCAAGUGUCGGAAGUGAGUAUACGCAGUCAUGGUCUAUACGCACCGUCGCCAUCUUCUAUGUGCCCCAACGAGAUCAGCUUUAGUAACGAAGACGUGUCUACGAUGGAAAAUCAGUACGUGAACUAUGACCCGGGCUGGCGUAGAACGAUAAAGAACAAUCCAAAGUUGGGCAAAUACGUUCCAACUCCCGCGCUUAGUUGUCCAGAAGUCAAUCGGGAGAGCCCGGUGUCAUUUUCUAGUGAUUUAGAUGAACUUUACACACAGAUUACUAGUAGGGACAAAGAGAGGUUGGCGAGGAGGGAGCAACUCGAUGUGACAGUUAACAGUGACGUGACACUUAAACCUGACAGUGACAGUUGCGUUAGCGAAGCGGUGUCAGAUGUCGAGUGUCAGAAAGGGGAGACUACUGUGUAAUUUUUCCUUGAUGCAUUCGGGAUUGUCUCGAAGCACAAUUUUUAAGUACCAUUAAGAUUGUAAGUUUUUAAUAUUCCUUUCAUAUAUAAUGAAUUCGAAUGGAUUCUUUCAACGGAUUGAAACUCACUGCCAGUAAUGUUUUUGGAAUGUUCUAUAAACUUUUGUAGUUGUAAUUUUGUAUAGAUCUGUGCCAUUUUGUUUGUAAAAUAUAGCUUUAAGAUGUAAUUUAUGUAAAUCUUUAUGAAAGUGUGAUUUAUUUGCAGUUAAACGAUAUCAUAAAAAUUACAUAAAAUCGUAUAUUUUUACUAGUAUGGUCUCACUCUUACACCAUAAGUUACGUUAUGUUUUGUCCUUAUCACUCAUAAUAACUUACGAGACAGGAUAUACAUGAACUAUUUGACGGUUAUACACGAAUAAAAAAUUGUUUUCUUGUAAGUAGACAGCUACUUUUAAUAAUUUCAAUUGUAUUUAAUGUGCCAAAUUUACUGGACUGAAUUGUAUCGAUAUAAGUGUUCGCCUUAAUUCUAGUCUAUUUUCAUGAAAAUUUAUUUUAGUCUUCCAACCCUUCACAAAUGUACUGUACAAUGACAUAAUCAAUCUAUGAUUAUGGACAAUCAGUUAAAAUAAUUUUUAAUCUAUAUAGAGACUUAACAACCUAAAAAUAUGUAUUGACUGAUCUCAAUUUAUUUAUUUGGAAAAUAUUAGUUCUUGUAAAAUAAAAUCUAGGUUCGUAUACCAAGAUAAAUUUCAAGAGGUGUCAAGCAUUUUCUCUGAUUGGACAUGUGUUUGACACAACGGUAUGGUAAGAAUCGUAGAUGUGUAUAGUUAUAAUACAUUUUAUACAUUGUGUGUUUAUUAUUUUAACACAAGCAUAAACACGUAGUCGACGCAUUAUGAACUGAGGCUUCGGGUCGUAAAUUAUAUUUCUAUGCCUGUCUCGCUCGCACACAGGUCUUAUGGAGAGGUGUAGUGAUGUGCGUAUGAAUUGUAGAGGUGCAUAUCGAUAACAGGAUCGAUGUGCUAAAUUAUGUUAAGUAUUAAUAGACUGGCACAGACUAACCGCUCUUUCCAUUACGUACUUUCGUUCAUCAUUUUUUAAACAUAGCCGAUCUUCGUUAAAUUUUUUCUCAUUGAACAAUAUCCGCACUUAAAAUUGGUUCUUGGUAUUUUUCUAGAAUUUUAGCUACCGAUAGAUAUUGCCCAUUGUCAUAAAAUAAGUCAAUGAUAUGUGCGCAGGUAGAUUGAUAACGGGUUGCGGGUACAUUCGUAGUGUCAAUGACAUUUCUUGCCCGACUGCUCAGUUUAAAAUGCGGUCGUAUUAACAUUGUGUAUGGAAAAGUCGGCGCUCUGUGGCCGUAUUAGGAACUAAAACACGUUUAGCGUUCGUAAAGUAAACUAUGUAUAUACAACCCUGUGUUGCCACACCUUACAUCGUAGUGAAUGAAUAACUAAACUUGUGGGCUAUUGAAGUGCGAGUAGACGAAUACGAUCGCUUUUAUAGUAUAAUUCGAAACGUUUGUAGAAAACCUAUGAAGGCUUUUCAAACAGCGAUGACGCAUUUAACUGCAAUUGGAUUGGUUGUUAAGGUAAUCUUUAAAACAUCGAUAUAUGUGAUAGUAUUCGUUUAUUCGGUAAUUUUUAUCGCUGUGUUGCACUCUAUAAAUGAACGCGUUUAGCCAGGCUUGUAUUACAAGUCUACGUACCUAUUGUAUAGCUGUUGUGCUGGCCAGGGGCCAUCAUUAAUUUCAAUACAAAAGAAAAUAAAUAUUUGGAAUAACGUUUAAAGUGGAAUGUGACACGCUUAAACGCAUGUGUAGUAGUCUGUUUCUCUAUAAAUAUUAACGUUUUGUGAAUAUUUAAUAUAUGGAUAGAAAAUUUAUAAACAGUUAGC